GAGAGAGAGAGACGAGGACGAGUCGGUAUUGCAAUGCAAGAGCAGAUGGAGGAGAAGCAUUCCGACCCAAAAAGCUUCGACCUGAGAAAUCCGCAAAGCGUCAUCAACGCAAAGCCUCAUCUUCAGAAUAAGUUGGGCAAAGCCAGCAGCACUAGCCAGUACAGGAAGGUGGUUAACCGUUAAGGCAAACCCAAGCCCAGUAGAGAAGCAAGCUGAUUCACAACAAUCACCCAUAAUUCAAGACUCUUCUUUGAUGCCCCCUGCACUGUGCACAGAGGGCAAGAUCAUCACCGUCAAGAAAGAGAAGGACACCAGUGAGGAUGAGGCAAGUCCUCAAGGUGAUGGCGAGAGUGGAUCGGCCAAAGCAAAGUUGUAUGAGAUAUGUGCGGCAAACAAGUGGAAGCUCCCUUGCUUUGAGUGCUACAAAGACGAAGGAACCAAGCCACUCGAGACAAUUCUCAUUCAAAGUAAUUACAGAGGUUAAAGAUGAAUCCCGAGUCACGAUAUUGGAGUGCUUUAGUGCACCAAGGUCAAAGAAAAAUGCUGCCGCACAGCAUGCAGCUGAAGGGGCACUCUGGUACCUGAAGCAUCUGGGGUAUCCUCCGAAGAAAAGAAAACACUACAAAAUCGGUAGCUGCUGCUGAGGAAGCGCUUGGAUACCUAA